UGCUGUUGGCAGCACUGCUUUUCAAUUUCAAACGGUUUUCGAAUGUGUAAUAUUUUCAAGCGUUUGUGAAUUUCCUAAAAACCAUUGUAAAACUGGAGAUUUCUAUUUAAUUAUGUCAAUUUUCAAUGAAUUGCUUCAAAAAAUCAAUGAAGUGCCAAACGGUUUUAUCAAAAACCUCAAAGAUGACCUCCAGAGUGCCUUAGAUUCCAUUGAUAAGUUUGGUGAUGACUUCUUAGCCGCUAAGACAAAAACGCGGGACGCCUCCCAAAAGAACAAAAAUGCUACAGCACUUCAGAGUAUCCAUGAAGACGAAGAUGAGCCAGCCAAAGGCCAACCGGAGCCAGAGAAGCGAAGACCAAGUCGAGCAUCAAAGUCUUCACUUGAUAAUAAGAAUGCAGACGAUGCUCCAAAGAGGAGAUCAAAGAAGCGGAGUAAGGACGAAGUGGACGAGAUGUCCAGCCCCGAACAGGAUAAGAGACCAAAGAGAAAUGCGUCGGUCAAAGCCCAGGGUGUCAUUAGUAAACAGGUAAACGUGAACCUGUCCUCCAAGCUGCGUCGCGAGGCGUCGUCCGAGGAUGCGAGGGGAAGCAAGAGGCGAGGGAGGAAGGACGACGGGAGUGACAAGGAGAAUAGCGAGCCGGUCGUGCAAGUAAAACUGGAGAAGAUAUCCCUGCCGCCAGAGCCUAUGGACACGGAAUCCUUGCCACUGGAUAUUAACGUCAAGCUUGAACCGAAUAAGGACGAUAUUGCCAUGCCGCCGCCCGCUGCCCCUAUACCUAAGCCCCGCGGCAGAGCAGCCAAGAACAAAGAGAAGGAGAGAGAAGCAGAAGACAGUGUGAGAGAGGAGGAGAGUAACAGGAGACGCAACACGCGCGGGAAGAAGACCGACACAGCCGCGCCGCCUGUGCCGGCCCCGCGCCCCACUCGAGCGAGCUCUCGAGCGAGUUCCCGCGCGAACUCGACUGUGAGCGAACCAGUGGAGGUAGCUACUCAAGAGAGCAGGCCUAAACGGACUAGGGCUAAGAAGAAAGUAUCUGAAACCACAGAUUCGGAGAAAGAAACGACAACUCAGGACAAUGCUACACCAGAGAAGCCGAGACCUAAACGCACUAGAAGAGGACAGAAAGCUGCUGAAAAAGAACCAAAAGAGAAGGAGACCGAAAAUCUACCCCAAGAAGAAGCGAAACCAGUCGAAAUUAUAUCACCAAAGGAAGAGAGAAUAUCUGAACCACCCACAAACAUUUCCUCUCCAAUAUUGACUAAGAAAAACAACCCCAAAUCCAAAGACGCAAAGUCUAAACUCCAAAGGGAUUCCACAGACGGUGCUAUACAAGUAAAUGGUGUUGGAAACAGUAAUUUGGAUCAAACGCACACAAUAUCUACAGAUAUGAAUGUGACGGUUAACAUUUGCAAUGGAGAGAUGGACAAGACUGUUAUAUUGCCUAAUGGGAAAUAUGAUCAUGGGAAAACGGGCAACAUGAAUGAGACGGUGGUAAUAGACUCGUCCACGGCGAGCCGCGAGACCAUGGUCAUUGAGAAACAUCCGGAGAUCAUGAACGCGACUGUCGUCAUCGAGAAGAUACAAGAACCGCAAGCGCCCAACGUCACAGACGACAACUCUCUACUGACUGACGACAACAGCGACCACGAGCCGACCACCCCGCCGAGACAGGACGUGCCGAGCGCGCAACCCAAAUCGGCAGUAAAAGAGAAGGUGCAACAAUUUGAAGAGUUGGCCACACGAGUGACCCGGACCAAAACUAGAGCUAUGGCUAAAAAGGAUGAGCCUGCAGAGAACCAGACUCCUCCAGACAAGAUCAGCAAGGCGGUGUUGUCGGCCGAGACCCUGACCAAAAUGAACAGCCUCAUAUUUAACGGAAAAACACAACCACAGAUAUCAAGCAGCGCGUCAAAACCCCGAGCUAACAUAGUGACCUCAGUGAAAUCUUUGAUACCGUCGUCCACUUCCAAACUAAGCAGUCUGUCCAAGCACAUGGAAGAACACGACAACAUGAAGAAGGAGCGAGAAGAUGCUAGAAAGAAGAAGGAAGCUAUGCUGCUGGCGAAGAAGGAGCAGCAGAAACGCAAACGCGAAGAGAAAAUGGCGGCCGCGGCGGCGGCUCGCGAGCAAGCCGAGAGAGAGAGGCAGCUAGCCAUCGAGGCGGCCGCCAGAGAGAGACAGGAGAAGCAGGCGCAGGCCGACCACGGCAAGAUGGAGCGGAUGAAGGAGGCUGAAAGAAAAAAACUCGAGCUAGCGCGCAAGGUAGCCGAGAUGGAAGAGCGGAGGAAAGCCGAGGAGCGAGCGAGACAGCGGCGACUCGAGGACGAACAGAGAAGGGCUGAGGACGCCAAGAAGAGGCAGAUGGAGGAACAAGAGGCAGUGAAGAAAGAAGCUGCACAAAUGGCCAAAGAGAUCGAGAAGAGACAUAAGGAAUACCUCGAGAAACAGAAGAUGAAGCAACGAAUGGAGGCCAAUAAGAUGCACACACCACUCAAACACACGAGUUUCUCCUCCCAAUCCACGCUAGAACCAGUCUACAUGGCGGACGGGUUCGAGCAGCUCAACUCCGACGAGGAACAAGACGAGCCGUCCGUCCGGCGGCCCGUGCCCGCUUGGAGCUCCUCUAAGGGCCGCUACCAGCAGCUCACCAUCCAGUCUCAACUCCGCCAAGCCCACGUCGCCCGCUGGUUCUGUGUCCGCGCACAGACCCCCGACCUGAGGACCAUGUUCCCCGACAUAGACCGGAGGGCGCUCAAGCGGACUUCGAGCGCUGUUUGGCGGACGCCUCGUUGAUGGUAGUUUCCGAGAUCUGCGACGGUCGCUGGCGCCUUAUUGUAAAUAUAUUUGAUAACUAUUAUUAUAUUAAUAAUAUAAUUGAUAAUCAUGAGUAUUAGUUUAUGAAGUGGCGUUAGAUUUCACGUUGGUUAGUUUGUUUACUCCGGAGUUUGUUUAUUAUAAAACACUGUGGGUGUUUUUUUAUUCACAAUAAAUGUGUUUGGAAAGGUUUUGGCUGAGAAAAUUAUGUUUUUGUUUGUUAGCAAUUUAGUUUGGCCAUCACACAGUUUGUUUAAACGUUGACUUAGAAUUAAUAU